AUGCCUUUGUCUCAACCAAUAAUACAAGCACUACCUUCUGAUGUGAUUGCAAAGAUCAAAUCAUCCACGUCUAUUGUUCAUCUGACUGGUGUCAUUCUGGAGUUAGUGAAGAAUGCUUUGGACGCCAAUGCACAUACUGUCUUCAUCACUGUCGAUUUCAAACGUGGUGGAUGUAUAGUUGAAGAUGAUGGCGAUGGGAUUCCUCCCAUCGAGUUCGGGGCUGCAGGAGGACUUGGCAAAGCUCACUAUACAUCCAAAUUGAAACUAAGUGACUCGUAUGGACAUCGAGGCUUGUUCUUGGCAUCUUUGGCAUCCUUGUCUCUGUUGACUUUGACGUCUCAUCAUAUUGAUUAUGAGUCUCCAAAUUCAAUCAUGUUUCAUCAUGCAAAACCAGUAGCGCGGCUCAUUCCUGCACCGCCACAGCAGAUGCUUCGUUUUGCCAAUCAUGGCACAUCUGUGACAGUGAAUGAUCUUUUUGGCAAUAUGCCAGUCCGUGUCAAGAGUCGAGCACUGGCUCUUCAAAAGCCGAGUGAGCUAGAACGAGAGUGGGAAAAUCUGAGAAAUGCCCUCGUGUCACUUUUGCUGGCUAAUUCUCAAAUUUCGAAAUUGGUUCUCCUCGAUGUGGAAAAGACCAAACGGAUAUCUGUUCGACCUGAUACCUCUUAUAUGCCAAAACCACAUUCUCCUGCUGAAUAUUUGUUCGACCUAAAACGCAUCGGAUCCAUUUUCACACAAUCCGGGCUUAUCAGUCCUCGCAACUGGGGCUAUUGGCACGAACUAUCAGCAUCAGUUCCGGACCUCACGAUCCGAGGAUCAAUCUCGCUACAGGCUGCUCCGACUCGAAAAUUGCAGUUCAUCUCUUUGGGCAAGGAACCAGUGCUAUCGCGCAAUAACUCCAAUAUUCUCUAUAACGAGAUUAACCGCCUAUUUUCUCUGUCCGAUUUUGGCAAAUUUGAAAUGCUCCCUGACUACAGCUCUACUUCCAACGCCGUCAGUUUGGUGGAUCGCAACGAAGCUCCAAGUAACGCUAGCACAAGGAGCUGGACAAAGCCUAUCAAUAAAUGGCCAAUGUUUUAUCUCCGCGUCGACACGAGAUCUCUUUUCCGACUUGAUGAUGAUGUACAGGAGCAUCUUCCUGAAUCACAAAAGUCAUUCCAACGUAUAGUCGAUGUCCUUGGAGCCUUAGUCUUUGAAUUUUUGAAACAACAUGACAUGCGACCUCGCAGUGCCAAGCGACAAAUGUUGUCGCCGGAUCGAACCCAGAGCCUACUUUCCCAAAGCUCUAAGGCAGCCGAAAGUUAUCCAGGGCCCUUGCGACCACCUCGCUCAGAUUUGAGCACUGAAGAAGCCUUCAGUAGUCGGCUGAAAAUGCCAUCUAUUCCGAGAUCUCAGUCUGUUAAUGAUGGUCAGAUUUUCAGCAAUUGGUCACGGGUGAAAGCAGCAAAGGAGCUUAAAGAGCACUAUCCGACCCAUCGACCCUGGCGCUCUAAUGUUGAUGAUUCCAAUACCAGUCGUGGGGAGAAGGUUUUCCCUACCCACAACGAACAUGAGUCAGGCAGCUUGAAUUACGGUCGAGAUUUCACACUUCCUCCAAAGCCGCUGAAGAUGAAUGUUUCUGGCGAUGAAACAAACGGAACAGAACAUCAGGCCGGACACGCAUCACCAGACAAGUUGAUCACUUGGAUCGAUCCACACACGAAGCUGGCCUACUUGAUCAAUCCUCGGACUGGUCAAACAAUGAAUUCUAAAAAAUCUUUGGCUAUACAGAGACCCCGUUUGGCCAAUGACGACGAUGGCCCACAUAAUCAUCCAACACAAGGCAUCUGGGUUGAAAGUUUGUUGGAAACAUGGGACAACCCCUCCUUCCAUCGAACAGAAAUGCCCAUAUCGAAUUUGGGCGCAGAUCCUGUGGAUCACCAGACUGUGAACGAUUCUCAUGGCUGCUUCAAGGGAAUCGGAUCCUUGGAAUCCGCACAGGUUGCUAAGUAUCGAGGAAAACUUCGGCGUCGCGGCCUCCAAACUGCCGAAGUAAUAGCUCAAGUCGACAAGAAGUUUAUUCUGGCUAAGGUCCCCACGGCUGAGAUGAAGAUUUCUGCAGGUCUAAAAUCCGACAGUGUGCUACUCUUGAUUGACCAGCACGCGGCGGAUGAACGAUGUCGAACUGAACAAUUGUUUGAAGAGAUGUUUUUCCCUCUUGAUGGGACUUCUGAGGCGGGUGGUGGAGUCCGAACUGUUCAGGUUCAUAUGAAUUUUGAGGUUUCUGAGACAGAGGGUAGCCUCUUCCAUAAAUAUACGACUCUCUUCUCGGUCUGGGGUGUUCAGUAUGAUACUGAGGUCAAGACCAGAUCCACCGUUUUGGUCACGGUCCACACCCUUCCUGUACUCAUAGCUGAACGAUGUCGGGUCGAGCCACACGUCUUGAUUGGCUUGAUGAGGCGUGAGAUAUGGUCAAGUGAGGAAGAUGGAAGGAAGCCAUUGCAACCAAAUAAAGGGCUUGGAUCCGAAUCUGACGAUCAGGCCCUCGAUCUGUCAGACAUAGAACUGACACACAGACAACCUACAUUACCCGCUUCCCGUUCUUGGGUUCGUAAAAUGAACGGAUGUCCUCAGGGUAUCGUUGAUCUUCUCAACUCUCGCGCCUGUCGCACUGCCAUCAUGUUUAACGACCCUUUGAACAUCGAAGAGUGUCAAGCUCUAGUCUCUCGGUUGGCGCGCUGUGCAUUCCCGUUCCAGUGCGCCCAUGGGCGGCCUUCCAUGGUUCCUAUACUUGAUUUGCGAUCUCUGUCUGACACCGCAAUCUCAUUGCCCUUAGAUCUGGACCCCUCGAAAUCCCCAGAUGAUGAAAAUGAUGGCACAAAUUUGAAUUUCAUGGACGCGUUUCGGAAGCGCUAUAUAACAUAG